AUGGCCAUAUCCGCAGGUAUCUCAAAGAGAACGUUCAAUUUCGUUUAUCAUUAUUUCAACUAUGGGAAAUGGAUUCCAUCAAUGACAAAGUUGAAGCAAACAGAGGUAGAUUGCGAGUAUCUAAGGCGUUGCUGCGAAAAUCUGACAGUAGAAAACAGGCGAUUGACAAAGGAGGUAAACGAGCUGAGAGCACUGAAGCUUUCCCCACAGUUUUACAUGAAUACGUCCCCUCCUACUACCCUUACCAUGUGUCCUCAGUGUGAGCGUGUGGCUGUCUCGUCCACGUCUUCAGCAACUCGCCAAUGCAAUCCAGCAGCAGCUCACCACCAACGACCAAUUCCCGUGACCUCGUUGGCUGCCAUGAUUCCAUCUCAACCACUUGAUGCCAACAGCCACAAUGCCUAA